AUGACUGUCACAUUUAUAGUCUGUCACAGCUCAAUAACAAGCAUUAGUUUUGACACUGACCACUAUGUAACAGGUAUGCAGUAUCCUGUCACUGCUACGGUGGAACUGUCUCCAGCUAAAUACAUAGAUUUUGACAUUGGGAGAUAUGUCUGUCAUCCUCCAGCCAAUGAUGAGGAAAAGCUGCGUGCGUUAAAAGAGCCUUGGACCCCACGGGAUACUUUCAAGCUUCCAGUCACUGGCAAGAAGAACCUUUCUUAUCAACGUCAUUGGACUACCAGGCACUCAAGGCUUGUGUAUUCAGACAUCAUGCAGGGAGCAUUUUGCAAAAUAUGUGUUUUACUUGGAAAAAUGCAAGGCGGCUGUGGUCAUCAGGAACUUGGAGCCUUUCUUAAGAACAGAAGAAGAUUGAAAGCUAUUGUAGAAACAAUUCUUCUCUGUGGAAGACAAGAAAUUGCCCUAAGAGGGUGCCGUGAUUCUGGAGUAGUUGGAAUAAACGAACCUGCACAUAAUGACGGUAAUUUUAGAGCGCUACUUCGUUUUCGUGCUCGAUCCGGUGAUGAAGCACUUAAGAAUCACUUACUUACGCAAAACAUCCACAGUAGAGCCAUGUAUACCUCUUCAGGAAUUCAGAAUGAAGUUAGUGAACUGUGUGGUAAUGCUAUUCAACCACAAGUACUGAAAAGGGUCAAGAAGGCAGGUUUUUUUACUGAACUGACUGACGAAACAAGAGACAUAUCACGCCAAGAACAACUAGCGUUAUGUUUACGAUAUGUAGACUGCCCAUCUGGAAAAUCGAGUAUCAUGGAGGAUUUUCUUGACUUUAUUUACGUGGAAGAUGUUUCAGCGCAAGCAUUGGGAAACACAAUCAUAACACAUCUCUUAUCUUAUAACUUGGAUAUGGACAAAUUGGUAGGGCAAGGCUUUGAUGGCGCUGCAAUAAUGAGCGGCCAAAUACGAGGCGUGAGAACAAUGAUUGCAGAACAAUAUCUGACAGCACAAUUUGUACACUGUGUGGCACAUGUUCUUAAUUUAGUUCUUGCGCAUUCGUGUGAAAUACCUAUGAUACGGAACUGUAUUGGAACAAUAAAAAGUAUAGUAAACUUUUUUCGACAGUCUCCACUUCGGGACAACCUUUUGAAGAAAAUUUCAGAUCAAACUGAGUCAUCUCAUUCAACGCUGAUCUCCCUUUGUGAGACACGAUGGACCGAAAAGCAUGUGGCUGUUGAGAGAUUUGCAGAAAUGCUUCCUGUAGUAUGCGCAAUACUUGAGGCCCUUCAAGACGCUGUUAGUAGGGAUGUCGCCACUGAAGCAUACCAACUGCAGACUGCCAUGGAAAAUAGCCAAUUUAUCAUGUCGCUUGUUAUAUUACGAAAAAUUUUUUCGUAUACAGCGAACCUGAAUAAAGCAAUGCAGAAGGUCAGUGUUGACCUGAUGAACACUUGCAGUUAUGCAAAAACAGUUAAAAGUACUUUACAAAAUAUUCGGAAUGAAAGUGAGUUCUUAGUCGUUUUCGAGCAGGCAAAGCAGAUGAGCUCAAGUGACAUAACUGUUCCAAGAACGACUGGAAGGCAAACCCAGCGCAGCAAUGUACCAGGAGAAACUGCUGAAAUAUAUUAUCGUCGAAAUGUAUUUUACCCUUUUCCUGAACAUGUGAUCACAGAACUUGAUGCUCGUUUUAAACCACAUGAAGCAACAAUCGAAGAAAUUCAGAUGCUUCUGCCUGAAAAAACCAAUAAUGACUCCAGGACAAAAGAAAAUCUUAAGAAGAUAGUGCAAACAUUUCUUGAAGUUAUUGAUCAGUGUGAUGAACUAUUUUUCCCUUCGAUAAAAAAGUUUAUUAUCAUAUUAGCCACACUCCCAGUGUCAACGCCAACCCCUGAAAGAUGUUUCUCGACUAUGAAGAGGCUAAAAACUUAUAUAAGGAAUAAAAUGGGAGCUGAAAGACUUACUGGUCUUGCUCUAAUGAGUGUUCAUCGUGAUCUGGCGCCAGCUGUACAGAAUAUUUUGGUAGACGCUUUGUCUAGGAUUCCGCAAGGAUUGAGAGAAUAUGUGGAACUCAAGGAGCAAACCUCAGAUUUCAGACUAGUACUUAUGCAUGACAAUUCUCUUAGACCUUAUUAUCUUAAAAUGGUGCAGGAACAUGCCUCAGAUACACAUCUUCCUAAAAUAAUGUUUGACAAGCUUUAA